UUGUAAUCCAUUAAGUACACGAUGAAGUUGUUAAAAAAGGAAUUUAAUUUUUUUAUUUUCUUUAUUUAUUUUAACAAUUUAUUUAAAGAAACAAUUACACAAGAUAUUUUAGGAUGUGGUGGAUUUUUAAAAAGUCACGCCGAGAUAGACUUUACCAAAGUUCAUAUUAAAUUGUAUACUAAAGGUGGUAGUUUAAAAGAUGAAACAGAAUGUGCACCGAAUAAUGGAUAUUAUUUUUUACCCCUCUACGAUAAAGGAGAAUAUAUUUUAAAGAUACAUCCUCCAAGAGGUUGGAGUUUCGAUCCCAUGGAAGUGAAUUUAAACGUAGAUGGUUCUACUGAUAUUUGCAGUCAAGGAAAAGAUAUUAAUUUUACCUUCAAAGGUUUUGGUAUAACUGGCAAGGUAACCAGUUAUAAUUCUUUAUCCGGUCCAAAAAAUGUUACUGUUUCAUUGUAUAAUGCUAAUAAUAGAGAAACUGUAGUUAGAUCGACCAAGACUGCUGAUGGCGGAACAUUUUAUUUUACACCUAUUCAACCAGGAAAAUAUAUACUCGUCGCAUCUCAUCCUUCGUGGAUAAUAAAACAAGAUACAGUUGAAGUAACUGUACAAGAAGGUAAUGCUGAACUUCUGGAUGGCAGUUUAGUAAUAUUUGGAUACGACGUAAAAGGUCAAGUUACCAGUGAAAAUGAACCUGUCAGUGGUGUAUCCUUCAUACUUUUUGGGAAUGGAACUGCUAUGAAGUGUGAAACAUCACCGGUUAAAGGAUUUGAAUCUGAAAAGCCACUUUGUCAUGUUACAUCUGAUAAAAAUGGGAAAUUUAUCUUUCCUGCAUUGUCACCCGGUGGUUACAAACUUGUUCCUCAUUAUCCUAGUGCUCACACUAAAUUCGAUGUUCAACCACCAGAAUUAUUGUUCAAAGUUAAUCAUAACAGUUUGAUAUUGGCGCAAGAUUUUAAAGUUACUGGUUUUACGGUAACUGGCAUAGUUCGCAUGUCGGCAGAUGGCAGACCAUUAGCGAAAGCAAAAAUUAUAUUCGCUGGGAAAGAAGUAGCUGUGACUAAUAAAGAUGGAAAAUAUACAGUGGAUAAUGUCAAAGCUGGACAAUAUACUUUAAAAGCAGAAGCUAGUAAUGUACAAUUCGAGGAGAGAACAGUCAAAGUUUCCCCAAGCUCACCUGAAUUGCCAGUUUUAAUACCAUUGACGUAUAAAGUUUGCGGAAAAGUAACAUUAUCUGCAAAAGGAACUCUACAUUUCCGUAAAGUUGCUAUACAAAAUGUUGCUGGUACAUUCCAAAAAGAAGUAGAUGCGAAUGAAAAAACGGGAGAUUACUGUUUAUAUUUAAAACCUGAUAAUUAUAAAUUAAGCGUAAUUGUCAGCAAUGAAGAAAAAACUAAAGGUCUACAAUUCUUUCCUUUGGAACAAUUUAUUGCUGUAUCAUCCGAAUCAAUUAACGAAGUAAAUUUUCUACAACUGAAAGCGACUCUAAUCGGCACAGUUCAAUGUUUGCCAGAAAUAGAUUGCAGUCAAGCUUCGGUAACGCUUAAAGUACUUGACGGAGUUACAAUAAAAAUUUACCAAACUAAAGGUGGCCAAUACAAAUUCACUGAUGUACUACCAGGAUAUUAUGAAGUUUUAGUAGACAAUGAUGUAUUUUGUUGGAGACAUAAUAAUUAUAGAAUUUCUAUAACGUCUGAACGUUUUGAAGUACCUCCUUUCGAACAGACUGGUUUCUCAGUUACUUUUAUUUCUUCUCAUGAAACAACAAUCGAAUAUGUUGCACCGCAUGAAAGUACAAAAUCAUCUUUAGUGUUAUCCAAAGGUAGUACAAGACAUUGCGUCUCAAAAUCCGGAGAAUAUAGUUUUACACCUAAAGGUUGUCAUGUAUACGAUAAGGAAACAUUUUUUUGGGAUACGAAUAGUUCAUCUCCAAUUAUUUUAACGUCUACCGAACAUCGUCAUCAAGGAAAUAUCAUAAGUUCAAGUGCAUUGGAUGGAGUCAAAGUCAAAAUUGAAAGUUCAAGCGGCAAUAUUAUAAUCGGCCCACUUAAAUAUACAACGAAAGGAAAUAAUUUUAAAUACGAGUUUGAAUUUACAACAAAGACUGGUAACGUUUACAUCAUUACUCCUCUAUCAGAUAUUCUUUUAUUUAAUCCGCCGUCCAUUAAAGUUCUUGGCGUAAAUGAAUGUCACAACGAUAUUGCAACUUUCACCGGGGAUUUAGGAGUGAUCAUAGCUGGAAAAAUUUCACCUCCUUUAGAAGGUGUGAUGAUACAAAUAUUUAGCAAGGAUAAAGAAUCUCCUAUGCAUACAAUUAUUACAAAAGAAGAAGGAACCUACAGCGUUGGCCCGUUGGAUGGAAAAAUAGAAUAUAGUGUUACAGCUGAGAAGGAAGGUUUUGUAAUAACGGAAUCAAGCAGUAAAGGAGUAUUUUUAGCACGAAAAUUAGCUGAAAUAAUAGUGCAAGUAUACGAUCAAGCAGAUAAUUCGUCUUUACAGGGCGUUUUACUUUCUCUCUCCGGUGGGCAAAAUUAUCGUAAAAAUAGUAUAACGAGUAACGAAGGAAAAUUAAUUUUCAAUUCAUUAUCACCCGGAGAAUAUUAUCUAAGACCAAUGAUGAAGGAAUAUAGAUUCGAGCCACCAUCGAAAAUGAUUAAUGUAACCGAAGGUGCUACUGUCGUUGUAAACUUAUUUGGCAACAGAGUUGCAUUCAGUGCUUACGGAUCAGUAACGUCAUUAAACGGCGAACCCGAAGCAGGAUUAUUGGUUGAAGCCCAAGGUCAAGGAGAUUGUUCCAAUCUUCAAGAAGAAGCAACUACCGAAGAGAACGGUACUUUUAGAAUUAGAGGUCUUCAACCAUUAUGUACAUAUAUAUUACGUUUGAAAUCUAACGUAGAAGCAAAUACUCAUAUUCAACGUACAAGUCCUAGUUCAUUGAUGAUACAAACAGAAGAAGAUAUUCACGGACUUAGAUUAAUUGCUUUCCAUCCAAUUUCACGUACAGAUAUUUCCGCUCAUGUUAUAUCAAUUCAACCAGAACAUUAUCGUACCUUAAAAGUGAAAUUAUGUAGGGAAGACAUGCCAGACUCACCAAUACACAUAUCCAAAUUGGAUACGCAGCAUUUCAAUAAAAUUAGCAGUUCGUAUAACGCAGGAUUCCUCGUACACUUUCCACCUUUACAAGCAGAUAACAAGAAAUACUUCAUACAACUGGAAUCAUCCUUAUUGCCUAGCUUACAUAAGUAUAAAACUAAUCCUGUUUAUUUCGAAGCUAAUUCCUCGUUCAGAUAUGUUAAAUUAACGUUCAGUGCGGAACGCAAAGUGGAUCAAGGAGAUAUGAAUCAAACUUCGAUAGUAGCUUUACCAUUUAUAUUGUUAAUUACGGUUGCAUUUUUCAAUCGUGAAAAAUUGUGGAGCUGGCUAAAUACCUUGGUAGAAAGGUGGUCUAAACCUUCACCGAUUUCUAGAACAUCGGUACAAGCGAUUCCCAUAGAUCCAAGAGCUGAUGAUAUUAUUGUUGAACAAAUAAUGAACAUUAACAAAAGAAAAACGAAACCAAGAAAAGCAUAACAUUAUAAAGAACUUUUGUUUCAACAUUUUACACAGGAAUAACGUUCCAACCUGUGGAUCUCAUUUUCAUUUAUGUUCGCUCUUAUUUUUUAUUAGAUUACUACAUGGAUUAUUCUAAACAAUAUCAUUACAAAAAUUUUGAUAUAUAAGUAUUAGUGAUUGCAAGAAAAUUUUAUAGAAUUUUCAUAAUAUUAAAUGAUCGACAUCAAUCGAUGUAUACAUAAACAUGUAUACAUAAAAACAAAAAGGUUGUAUUAAAUGAUAAUAAUAUUGUAUUAAAAAAUUGUUCUUGUUUGAAUCUUGUGAUCGUAUGAAAAGUACUGACAUUAAAUCAAAUACAAACAUA